UGUAGUGUAUACGUGCCUUAUUUUAUUCUAAAAAUGAGCCAUCGAAACAGAUGCAAAGCCAGAAUUGUACCGCAACAGAACAAGAAAAUUUGUGGAAUAAUCUGUUUUUGCCAGUUGGUCCUUGUAUUGAGUUGCGUGUCCCUGAUAUAUUUAACAGUUGUUAUUUACAUUCCGUCCUACAGGGCUUUCCAUUCUGGAUUUGAACUGCGACCAGUUAUGUGCCAAACUAUCAACACCAGCAUGAUAAAUAACUGCAGUUGGGCUUCUUGUGGCGAAUGGUGUCUGACGAAAGCCUCGGGUUUUUGCCCUCAAAUCCACGCCACAGUACGCCAAAACGGCACCAAUGUCCAGUUCAAAAACUGCACGUCCUUUCACAAAUCCUCCUGCCCACCGGUGGACAGCAAUGCAAUAAGCAAAUUCAACUGCAACAACGGGACAGAGUGUGCAUCGUUGAAGGGUGUGUUCAACUGCUCUUUGGGGCAUUGCCGAAACAUGUCCGAAAUUUACAACUGCCAUUAUAAAGCCGAUGGAUUUACGCUUGAUAGCGACAAGGAUAACGUGAAACUGAACGGUUUUUUCGAAUGCAAAGGGUCGCGUUGCACCAAGAUCAAGAGGGCCUUCAGCUGCGACAGGAUCUGCCUGGAAAGGAUAUUGUCCACUGAUCAUAAUGUAUUUUUGAACGUUGAUGAUAGCGUGUUCUUCGCGAAUUGUUCGUCUGCUGUUGCAUUCAACGCUGCCAGAGGAAACGCAGAGGGAUAUGUGGUCAAUGCAACGCAUUUUUGGAAUGCCAAACCAGAACAUCUCCUUAUGGCCUCUUGUUACUCGGUUUCUUACGAUCCAAUCAACAAUCUCUUGAAUGGUACCGACUGCAUCAACGGGUCCAUAUACAGCUUGGAUGAUGUUCCAAAACCCUCAAUGUCCUUCAAACAAUAUUGGAAUUUAACUGGGAAAUGGAAGGAAAUUAUCGAUCCUAAGGAACAGAAAUUCCUACCAAUGCAAUCAGUUUUGACAAUAUACAAUCAUUCCAGACUCUAUAUCAAUCUUGAAGGAUGCGUGAAUACAUUAAAGGGAGAAUGCAUACAAUUUUUACAUUCCCAUGGAAGAGAUGGAAAGAACGAAACUGCACAAUCAAAAUAUCCCUGUUUUUAUAACAAGCACAAUAAUUUCAUGGUGAUAGCAAGGUAUAAUCUGGAGAAAACUAGGAAAGAACUGAUUAUUGCUCUGAGUGUUCCAUCUGUUUUCUUCGUCGUUUCCUUCAUUACCCUCUGUAUUAUAAUGCAAUCUGUAAGAGUUGAUGACGACACAAGGAUGCGCUGUAAAUAUUGCUGUACACAAGAUUCGGAUCUUACAGAAAUGAUGGUCGACAGCAAUAAAUAUGAAUUGUCAUCUCCAGAAUCCGAAGGACCAUUGAAACGAUACGAUAAGGUUCAGAAUUGAAGGUGCUAAUGAAUGAUAUGCUUGAUAUGCUUCGUGACCGUACACUCAUUCCAUCAGUUCAUAAUUGGAUUCCUACUAACGUUGACUUUGCUCUACAGUGUGUCACAUUGAAAAGGAGAAACAGGUAAUCUCAGGCAGAAAAAAUAUAAUUUUGAAAAAUCGCUUGCAGUGGUGUAUUGUGUAAAUGAAAUAUGUGAUCAUAUUAUCAUUUCUCCCUUUGCAUGACAACCACAAACCCUUGAAAAUAUUGGAAU